GACAUUCCGCUCACAGACAAUGACACAGACCUGCAACCUUGUUAUAAAACCCCAGUGAGGUUUUAUAACAAUUUGAAGGAGCCCGGCCAAUGGGAAGCGCCGCUGCGCGUCACAUGACCGCGUUUUAUAUAACACUUGGCUGGAAGGCUCUUAUUAGCCGUAUUGCAGGAAUGGAGCAGCUCAAAGACCCCGGGGGGAAGUGAUAGGCGACCAGUUCGUCCACUAUGGGCACCCAGGAGGCAGACGGCAGCCUCAUGCUGGAGUUCGCUGCCCAAGCUUUCCAGGCAAAAAACUUCCAGUUGGCGUGUGAGAUCUAUGAGAGGCAGCUGCGGGACCAGCAGGCUGGGGUGGUGGAUUGGGGGCUACUGCUAAAGAGGGCAGAAUGUCUGGCAUGCUGUGGCCAGCUGCAGGAUGCGUUUGAUUUGUACCACAGAGCCGCCGCUCAGAAGAAGCUGUGUGCCGACCAGCUGGGCACUUUAGUAACCUGCCUGGCAGAGCAGAUCCGGAGCAGAGAGCCGCCACCGCAAUCCGAUGCCAAGGGGGGGAUCGUCACCUGCCAGGAGUGCCAGGGCGUCCUGUGCGAGCCAGUGACUCUACCAUGUGGGCACACGUUCUGCAGGAAGUGCCUAGAGACAAGUCAAUGCAAAGUAUGCCGGGCAACCGUGCGGGAGAGCACCGAUCAUCACUACAGGGUCAACGUGGUGCUGAGCAAUGUCAUCAGCAAGUGGUUCCCUUCUGAGAUCCGAGCUGUGAGACUGGCAAAGGAUGGCAGUGCCCUGCUCAAGGACAACAGGUUGGAAGAAGCACUGGACAAAUAUAAGGAGGCCAUCAGAUUAGUACCACUUGACCAUUUACUGUAUAGCAACCGUGCUAUGGUUUACCUCAGUCUAAAGUCUUAUAAACUGGCACUGGAUGAUGCAGAAACAGCCUGCAAGCUGCAGCCAUAUUGGUUAAAAGGGCAUCUAAGGAAAGCACAAGCGUUGACACAAUUGGGAAAAAUAGAAGAUGCUUUAAAAGAAUUUCUUUUCUGCCUGGUACUUGACAGUGGAAAUGAAACUGCAAAAUCUGAAGCCCAAAAGUUGCUGCUUAACAUAUUAAGUCCUGGACAAAGUCAAGGAGACUUUUCAGAUGUUCUUCAAAUGAUGUCACAUCCAUCAAGGUUAAAAGGAAGUCUUAUGAGCUCAGACAACAACAUUAAUUCUCAUAGGAUAUACCGGACUAACUUGGAAUAUAAGAAAAACGUAAUUCUUCCUGAACAAACUAGCCCCACUGGAUGCAACACUGUGUGGAAAUCACUGCAGCCCUUAGAAAAUAUAAAGGAUGGCCACAGCAAAGACACCCUGUCUUCGGAGGAAUGCCUGAAAACCUCAUUGACAUGUAACACUUUAAAAAGAAAGUUGGGCAAAAAUGAUACAAGCGAAGUAACAAAUCCAGAGAUUGCCAGCAAAUUACCAAAAACAGAUGUGUCAACGGAUAACAGUGCAGACAUGGACUUGCCUGUUUCCUCACCUGUGGAUUCCUCAGACUUGGAGUGUUCACUCUGCAUGAGGUUGCUGUAUGAACCCGUGACCACUCCCUGUGGGCACACAUAUUGCCUAAAGUGUCUUGAACGAUGCCUCGACCACAACUCGAAGUGUCCAUUGUGCAAAGAAGACUUGUGUGAGUAUCUGGCUAUGAGGAAGUUUUGUAAAACAGAGCUGAUGGAAGAUCUAAUAACCAAGUAUUUCCCUGAGGAACUUAAAGAAAGAAAAGUAUUAUAUGAGGAGGAGAUUGCAGAGCUUUCAAACAUGAACAAAAAUGUCCCUAUAUUUGUGUGCACCAUGGCUUACCCCACAGUUCCGUGCCCUCUGCACAUAUUUGAACCUUGUUAUCGUUUGAUGAUUCGGAGAUGUAUGGAGACUGGGACAAAGCAAUUUGGCAUGUGCAUUGGCGACUCUGUAAAAGGAUUUGCCGAUUAUGGGUGCCUGUUGGAGAUCCGUAAUGUCGAGUUCUUUGCAGAUGGACGUUCAGUUGUGGACAGUAUUGGAAAAAGAAGGUUCAAAGUUAUUCAGCACAGUCAAAGAGAUGGUUAUAACACAGCUGAUAUUGAGUACAUAGAGGAUGGAAAGGUUAAAGAGGAAGAUUAUGAGGAACUACUGACAUUGCACAAUGCCGUGUAUGAUCAGGCAUACACCUGGUUCAGUACUCUGAAAAUAGCGUUAAAAACUCGCAUCUUGAGCCAUUUUGGUCCUAUGCCAGCUAAGGAUUCUGAUUUACAGGUAAACCCCAAUGGACCCGCAUGGUGUUGGUGGAUUCUCGCUGUUCUUCCUCUAGAGAGCAGGGCUCAGCUCCCUUUUCUCGCAAUGACAUCACUCAAAGAUCGCUUGACUAGCAUUCGGCGUGUCCUCCUAUUUAUGUGUCGUUCACGUACGCGAUAAUGACAUUGCAUUCCACCUGACAAAUACAUCGUGUACAUGCCAGAAAUGUAUGUCACAUUGAAAGGUUUUCAGCCUUGCAAAUUAACUUAUUUUCAAUAGUUUUUUUUUCAACUACUGAAUGAAAACAACAAAUUCUGGAUGCCUUUUAUAUGAAAUGCAGUAUACACAUAUUUUCUUUGGAGUGUUCCAUUUUGAUAAAGUUUUGUUAUACAAAAAAAGAGUUUUUACAGACCUGUACAGAUUUGUGAUCAUCCGUGAUGCAUAAUUUAUUUUUCAUUACCAUUUCCUGUGCUUUUAUGUGCUUGAUUCAUUGUUAAAAAAAAAACAGAA